AUGUCUUACAUUGUACCUAUCCACCGCCCCAGUGGUGCUCGACUCGCUCUGAAGCUCAAUCUUCUUGGGCAACAGAGCGAGGCUUUGGUUGUUGCGAAGGCCAAUCGUCUGGAAAUUUAUACCUUCUCUCCAGAGUCAGGCCUAAUCCUCCUUCACUCAAGAGCUGUCUAUGGCUACAUUAUCAUGCUGGAGGCCAUCUGCCCGAAAAACUCUGCAGUAGACCAUCUCUUCGUUGGCACUGACCGCCAUCAGUAUUUCACCUGUUCAUGGGAUGCCCAGUCCAACGAUCUCAAGACAGAGCAGAGUUAUGUCGACCAGGCAGACCGCACAGCGUCAGACACGAGAAACAACGACAGAGUCCACAUCGAUCCUACGAGACGGUUCAUGACCCUGGAAUUGCUUGACGGUAUAAUUACAGUCAUUCCGCUGGUGCAAUCCACCACGAAAAAACUGCGACGAGACUCGUCUGCCACCUCUCCUGAUGUGCCAGGAACAUUGGGCGAACCUAUUGCCGUCCGCGUAGAAGAGAUCGCAAUCCGGGCCUCGACCUUCGCCGAUACUGAAGAGGAUGACCAGGACAACCCUUCUCUAGCACUGCUCUGGGAGGACAAUCAGAACGAGCCCCAGCUCAAAGUUCUGGAACUAAAGUAUUCCACAGCAGGUGAACAGCCACUUGCCGAGCUACAGACGAAGUUCGAGCUGAGGGAUGCCGACCAACUUGAUAGAGGUGUUUCCCAUAUCAUACCUGUCUCUCAUCCCUAUGGAGGCUUCCUAAUUCUGGGAGAACGAUCAAUAGCCUACACCAACUCCGAACUCAGUCAGUUUUAUACUCAGCCCCUGGGCGAAAGUGCGACGGCUUGGGCAUGCUGGACGAAAGUUGAUGACUUGAGAUGGCUGAUUGCUGACGAUUAUGGAGACUUGUACUUUCUCAUGCUUCUUACCAAGGACAGAGCCAGUGUGAAGAAUUGGAAGUUGGAUCGCUUAGGUCAUGCUUCAAAGGCUUCCUGCUUAAUAUACUUGGAUGAAGGCCUCGUUUUUGUCGGUUCUCAUUCGGGUGACUCUCAGGUCCUACGUAUCCACGAGGGCGGCAUCGAUGUGGUUCAGACCCUGUCAAACAUAGCUCCUAUCUUGGACGUGCAAUUGAUGGAUCUGGGACGAGGUGUCGAGUCUGCCAUGCAGUCAGGCGAAUUCUCUACUGGCCAGGCAAGGCUCGUAACAUGUUCUGGUGCUUGGCAGGAUGGCUCCAUUCGAAGUGUGAGAAGUGGUGUUGGCAUGGAAGAGAUAGGUGAGAUUGCUGAGAUUCCACUAAUUGCAGAUAUGUGGGCUCUAAGCUCAACAAAUCGUAGUGACCAGCACGAUGUGCUAGUCACUUCUUUUGCUACAGAAACGAGAGUCUUCAAGUUUGACGCAGAUGCGGCUGUUGAAGAAGUCGAAGAAUUCUACAGUUUCGAGCUAGCAGAGCCUACGCUAUUAGCAACAAAUCUGCCCGGUCAAAAAAUACUUCAGGUACAUGAUUCAGGUAUGUGUAUAGCCGAUCUCGAUUCAGGUAUGACUGUCUUCCAGUGGAAACCUUCCACUUCGACGGCCCAAAUUACAGGAGCAGCUGCAAAUGGUGCUCAUGUUCUUGUCAUCGAGGAUGGCCGGACUAUACACGUCUUCCAUACCUCCGAUCGGACCGAUGGUCCUACUGCUUCAAAGACUUUCGAAGCUGGUUCACAAAUCUCAGGAGUUGCCAUAUCACAGACGAAUAGCAAUAUAUGCAUAGUCAGCUAUUGGCAAAGUGCUUCCUUAGCCUUACUCGAUCUGCACUCUUUGGAAAUCUUGUCGCAGGAAUCCUUGGGCACACCUGGGAUUGAUGUGCCACGUACCAUACUCCUGGCACAAAUUCUGCCUGAUGGCGCACCCACGUUGUUCGUCUCUAUGGCAGAUGGCACGGUAAUCACAUUCCAAUUCGAUGCAGCUAACCUAGCAUUCUCGAGUAUGACUCGGAUACAGCUUGGCUCAGAACCAGUGUUCCUGAAAGCUCUACCCAGGGCAACAGAGAAUGGCCAGACUCUAAUUAAUAUGUUCGCUUCCUGCGAGCAACCGUCACUAAUAUAUGCUUCUGAUGGCAGAAUACUGUAUUCAGCAAUCAAUUCCGAGCAAGCCGCACGAGUGUGUCCUUUCAACUCGGAAGCAUAUCCUGGUGCCAUCGCAGUAGCAUCGGCCGAUGAUCUCAAGCUAGCAUUGAUCGAUACCACACGAACCACACAGAUACAGACCCUGCACAUUGGAGAAACAGUCAGAUGUUUGGCUUACCAGUCGGAACUGAAAAUGUUUGGUAUGGGCACAAUCAAGCGCACUUUGGAACAGGAUGCAGAGCAACCGCACGAAGAGCUGCACAGUUUCGUAAAGAUUGCAGACGAGAUUACGUUCAAGGACUUGGAUACUUUUGCGCUCGACGAGGGCGAAUUGGUAGAAUGUAUUGCGGCGUUCCCACAGCAAUCCAAAGACGAUGAUCCUGUCGAGGCAGAAGAUCAUGACUCCAUUUUCGUGGUCGGCACCAGUAUUAUGCCAGAGAACGGUGCUGUUUCGAAAGAAGAUCGUGGUCGAAUAUUAGUCUUCACUGCUAACAAUAAGAGGCAGAAGCUAAAGUUGGUCAGCCAAGUCAAGACCAGGGGUGCAUGCCGAAGCAUAGCAGUCAGUGACGGGUUGGUGAUAGCUGGUUUGGUGAAGGUUGUGGCUGUAUUUUCUAUGGCAUUGUCAAACUAUGGCGAGCCUAGCUACGCACUUACUCGGCUGACCACCUAUCGAACCUCGACCAAUCCAAUAUCUCUAUCGGUGCAGCCAGCCACUGAAGACCGCCCAAUGACCAUUGCUGUCGGUGAUCUGAUGAAGUCGGUCUCCAUCGUCAACAUCCUUCCACCAGAUAGCACAGAUGGCAAUGGCUGGGAGACAGAAGAAGUUGCUCGACAUUUUGCAACUCUUUGGACCAGUGCCGUCGCGAAUGUGGCAGAGCGAGAGUGGGCACUCGCAGAUGUAGAAGGAAAUAUUGCUAUGCUGCGGCAAAAUCCGGAUGCCUAUGGUGACGAGGCUCGUCGGCUCGAAGUCACAGGUGAACUACGGCUAGGUGAAGUUGUUAACAAGAUUGUGCCUAUUGUUUCGUCGCAAUCGACAUUUGUAGCGCAAACGUCCGAAAUUGCUAAUAAGGGCAAAGGACGAACAGGCUCGACCACAACGGCUCCUAAGCGUCAAUUUUCUCUGAAGUCUGAAGAUGCUGGCCCACUGAUACGGCCUCAAGCAUUUAUAGCCACGGUCGAAGGCAGCAUAUAUCUGCUAGGUGCUAUCAACCCAACCUAUGUCGAUGCUCUGCUUCGCAUACAAUCUUGCUUGUCAACUCGGGUCCUCGCACCUGGGUACAUGCCAUGGGCCAAAUACAGGGCCUGGAGCACUGAAGUUAGGGAGGUUGACGAGCCUUUCCGAUUCGUCGAUGGCGAGAUGGUUGAAAGCGGGCUUCUGAAUUUACCCGACAACACCCUCAAUGACGUUCUGAGGGAAAGUGGACUGAAUGAGCAGGGUUUGUCUAUCGAGAAGCUGAAGAGUUGGGGUGAGGAUCUGAGACGUCUGUACUAG